CGCCGGCCGGCCGCCGCCACUCUCUCUUGCCAGGCAGAGCCCUAACUCCCCCCUUUUCACCUUCUCUUUCCCCCGCACACAGCACUGGGCGACGUGGAGCCGGCCAAACGCUUCCCUCACCGGGACCAUCAUCAUGGCGAGUGCCUCGUACCACAUCUCCAACCUGCUGGAGAAAAUGACGUCGAGUGACAAGGACUUCAGGUUUAUGGCAACAAAUGACUUGAUGACUGAACUACAAAAAGAUUCUAUCAAGUUAGAUGAUGAUAGUGAAAGGAAGGUUGUGAAAAUGAUUUUGAAGUUGCUGGAAGAUAAAAACGGCGAAGUGCAAAAUUUAGCAGUCAAAUGUCUUGGGCCCCUGGUGAGUAAAGUGAAAGAAUACCAAGUAGAGACAAUUGUUGAUACCCUCUGUACUAACAUGCUUUCUGACAAAGAACAGCUACGUGAUAUUUCAAGCAUUGGCCUAAAAACAGUUAUUGGAGAACUUCCUCCUGCAUCCAGUGGUUCUGCAUUAGCAGCUAAUGUUUGUAAAAAAAUUACUGGGCGACUUACUAGUGCUAUUGCAAAACAAGAGGACGUGUCUGUUCAGUUAGAGGCCUUGGACAUCAUGGCUGACAUGCUGAGCAGGCAAGGAGGACUGCUUGUUAACUUCCAUCCUUCUAUUCUGACCUGUCUGCUUCCUCAGCUAACUAGUCCAAGGCUUGCUGUGAGAAAAAGAACCAUCAUUGCUCUUGGUCAUCUUGUUAUGAGCUGUGGCAACAUAGUGUUUGUUGACCUUAUUGAGCACCUCUUGACCGAGCUUUCAAAAAAUGAUUCCAUGUCAACAACAAGAACCUAUAUACAAUGUAUUGCUGCCAUCAGUAGGCAAGCAGGUCAUAGGAUAGGUGAAUAUCUUGAGAAAAUUAUCCCUUUAGUAGUAAAAUUUUGUAACAUAGAUGAUGAUGAACUUCGAGAAUAUUGCAUUCAAGCAUUUGAAUCUUUUGUUAGGAGAUGCCCUAAAGAAGUUUAUCCUCAUGUAACCACCAUUAUAAACAUUUGUCUUAAGUAUCUUACUUACGAUCCCAAUUACAAUUAUGAUGAUGAAGAUGAAGAUGAGAAUGCUAUGGAUGCUGAUGGUGGAGAUGAUGAUGAUCAAGGGAGUGAUGAUGAAUAUAGUGAUGAUGAUGACAUGAGCUGGAAAGUUAGACGUGCAGCUGCAAAAUGCUUGGAUGCUGUAGUCAGUACAAGGCAUGAAAUGCUGCCAGAAUUCUAUAAGACAGUGUCCCCUGCUUUAAUUGCAAGAUUCAAAGAACGGGAGGAGAAUGUAAAAGCAGAUGUUUUCCAUGCAUACCUUUCCCUUCUAAAACAAACUCGCCCUGUGCAGAGUUGGCUUUGUGAUCCUGAUGCAAUGGAGCAAGGAGAAACACCUUUAACAAUGCUUCAGAGUCAGGUUCCCAACAUUGUUAAAGCUUUGCACAAACAGAUGAAGGAAAAAAGUGUGAAGACUCGUCAGUGCUGUUUUAACAUGCUAACUGAAUUAGUCAAUGUGUUACCUGGUGCUCUCACACAACAUAUUCCUGUACUUGUUCCAGGCAUAAUUUUUUCACUGAAUGACAAAUCAAGUUCUUCUAAUCUGAAGAUAGAUGCUUUAUCGUGUUUGUAUGUGAUCCUCUGUAAUCACACUCCCCAAGUUUUUCAUCCGCAUGUUCAAGCAUUGGUGCCUCCUGUAGUAGCAUGUGUUGGAGAUCCAUUUUAUAAAAUAACAUCUGAGGCGCUUCUAGUUACCCAACAGCUUGUUAAAGUCAUACGCCCUCUGGAUCAGCCUUCUUCUUUUGAUGCCAGUCCUUAUAUCAAAGAUUUGUUUACUUGUACAAUCAAGAGACUGAAAGCUGCUGACAUUGAUCAAGAAGUAAAAGAGAGAGCAAUCUCCUGUAUGGGCCAAAUCAUUUGCAGUCUUGGAGACAAUCUUGGUUCUGAUCUACCUAAUACUCUUCAGAUAUUUCUAGAGAGACUAAAAAAUGAGAUAACUCGGCUAACCACUGUGAAGGCUUUGACUCUGAUAGCUGGUUCUCCUCUGAAGAUAGAUCUAAGGCCAGUUCUAGGAGAAGGUGUUCCUAUUCUUGCUUCUUUCCUCAGAAAGAACCAGCGUGCUUUGAAACUUGGAACUCUGUCUGCUUUAGAUAUAUUAAUAAAAAACUACAGUGAUAGCUUGACAGCUGCUAUGAUUGAUGCUGUCCUAGAUGAGCUUCCACCUCUUAUUAGUGAGAGUGAUAUGCACGUGUCACAAAUGGCCAUCAGUUUUCUGACCACUCUGGCUAAAGUUUAUCCUUCCUCACUCUCAAAAAUCAGUGGUUCCAUAUUGAAUGAACUUAUUGGGUUGGUAAGGUCACCAUUAUUGCAAGGUGGGGCACUUAGUGCCAUGCUAGAAUUUUUCCAAGCUCUGGUUGUGACUGGAACAAGCAACUUGGGAUAUAUGGAUUUAUUGCGCAUGUUAACAGGUCCAGUGUACUCUCAAAGUACAGCACUUACUCACAAGCAGUCUUAUUAUUCAAUUGCCAAAUGUGUAGCUGCCCUAACACGAGCAUGUCCUAAAGAGGGACCAGCAGUUGUGGGUCAGUUUAUUCAGGAUGUCAAGAACUCAAGAUCUACGGAUUCCAUUCGUCUCUUAGCUUUGCUUUCUCUUGGGGAAGUUGGACAUCAUAUUGAUUUAAGUGGACAAAUAGAGCUAAAAUCUGUAAUUUUAGAAGCAUUUUCCUCUCCUAGUGAAGAAGUGAAGUCUGCAGCUUCAUAUGCAUUGGGAAGUAUCAGUGUCGGCAAUCUUCCGGAAUAUCUCCCAUUUGUCUUGCAAGAAAUAACUAGUCAGCCUAAAAGACAAUACCUUCUGCUUCAUUCCUUAAAGGAAAUAAUUAGCUCUGCCACAGUGCAAGGUCUCAAACCAUAUGUGGAGAGCAUCUGGUCUUUGCUACUCAAACACUGUGAGUGUGCAGAAGAGGGCACCAGGAAUGUUGUUGCUGAAUGCUUGGGGAAACUUACUUUAAUAGAUCCAGAAACUCUGCUUCCACGCCUCAAAGGAUACUUGGCCUCAGGGUCAUCAUAUGCUCGGAGUUCGGUGGUCACUGCUGUGAAGUUCACUAUCUCUGAUCACCCACAGCCCAUAGACCCACUAUUAAAGAAUUGUAUAGGUGAUUUUCUAAAAACAUUGGAAGAUCCAGAUCUUAAUGUGAGACGAGUAGCUCUGGUAACAUUUAAUUCAGCAGCACACAAUAAACCAUCAUUAAUAAGGGACCUUUUAGACACUGUGCUUCCACAUCUUUAUAAUGAAACAAAAGUGAGAAAGGAACUAAUAAGAGAGGUUGAAAUGGGGCCAUUUAAGCAUACAGUUGAUGAUGGUCUUGAUAUUAGAAAGGCAGCUUUUGAGUGUAUGUAUACUCUGCUAGAUAGCUGUCUGGAUAGACUAGACAUCUUUGAAUUCCUAAACCAUGUUGAGGAUGGUUUGAAAGAUCACUACGAUAUUAAGAUGUUAACAUUUUUAAUGCUGGUGAGACUAUCUACUUUGUGUCCAAGUGCAGUACUGCAGAGGCUUGAUAGACUGGUUGAACCCUUACGUGCUACAUGCACAACCAAGGUAAAAGCAAACUCUGUGAAGCAAGAGUUUGAGAAGCAAGAUGAACUGAAGCGAUCUGCUAUGAGGGCAGUAGCAGCAUUGUUAACUAUUCCAGAAGCAGAAAAGAGUCCACUAAUGAGUGAAUUUCAGUCACAGAUAAGCUCUAAUCCUGAGCUUGCAGCCAUCUUCGAAAGCAUCCAGAAAGAUUCAUCGUCCACUAAUUUGGAAUCAAUGGACACUAGUUAGAUAUUCAUUCAAACAGGGACCAUUAAUUUGAACCAUACAAUGCACUGAAUUUACAAGUUAAAAAAAAAAA